AUGAGCGUCACUCGUCUUGGCGAGGAAAUGAACAAGAAAAUCUCAAUUUCGGAUGGCAAUGCCAAGAAUCCGAAGAAGAAUAGUACUGCCAGUGGGCAUGUGGCAAAAGUUGGCGAUGUUUUGGGAGACGAGACCCCACCACGCAAGAAGAGCUCCUUGAAGGAAAAUAUCGCCGCCGCGUUCCGCUCUCCAGUGUAUCUCAUUCGUCGUGAGGCUUCCAAAGCCCGCUGGGAGCAAGUCCGCGAACGUCUCAAGUUGUCCCGAGUCAAAAUUUCCAUGCGUGAUCGCAAACGGAAGGCAUCGAAAUCCAGUUAG